CAGUUAACCCACGUAACGGCACAUGUGCGCAUCAAAAGCGAUGUGACGCAGGCAUAUUGCAGGCCAGCUAUAAACACAGAUUAAAACUAUUGAGUUUACCAACGUAUUUUAUUGAUUUAUGCAUGCAAGAAGGGGAUAUUCUUCAAGUUUUACAAGUGGACCACAGAAGAGAGAGGCCCAACAGGAUGGCCAGUGUGCUCUGUAGUAGAGCCAGGCUGGUGACAUACCUGCCAGGGCUUCACGUACUUGUCCGGCGGAUCGCUGGACCCAACCAGAGAACAUUCUCUGGUGCUGGAUCCUCUGGCUCUGAUGAGCCUCGAUUAGCCGUCACACUCCCUGACCUUGGUCACAGGACAGUGUGGCCUGAUGAGAACAUGGGUCCGUUCGGGCCUCAGAACCAGCGCUUCCAGCUGCCAGCUAACACAGCCUUCGACUGCCACCUGGAGGGCACAGCAGAACAGAACAUUAAAGGCCCAGUCCACCAGACAGUGCCCGAUGUACUGUCGGCCCUCUCCAGCAGCGAGAGGUAUGAGUUCCUCCUGGCUCAUGUUGUCGGAGAGUUCCAAGGGAAAGAUGCCACUCCCCCAGAACAAACGGUCAACAGAACAGAACAGUACUUUGAGAACUCCAAUGUGGAGUGUGCCAUACAGCCAUGCCCUGAGCUGCUGAAGAAAGAGUUUGAGUCAAUGUUCCCUGAGGCCCCUAACAACAUCAUGACGGUUGUCACAGUGACCCAGAAGACGCAGAAUGACAUGACAGCGUGGUGUGAGGCAGUGGACAAAGAGAGGGAGUUGAUGCUAGAUGAAUUUGUUGCUGGUGCCAAAGAGAUCUGUUAUGCCCUGAGGACAGAAGGCUUCUGGGCUGACUUCAUCGACCCAUCGUCAGGCAUGGCGUUCUUUGGGUCGUACACCAACAACACACUGUUUGAGACCGACGAGCGGUACUGUAACCUGGGCUUCAGCAUCGAGGACCUGGGCUGCUGCAAAGUCAUCCGCCACACCUUGUGGGGAACACAUGUUUUUGUGGGGACAGUUAUCACCAACGCACCUCCCGAUAGCCAUAUCAUGAAGAAGCUGCAAGGGAACUUAACCUGAAUGAUGGGAGAGUGUCUGGCAUGUGGUUGCUAUUAUACCUUGAUGUGUCAUGGCUCUACACAGGCCUCAACUACUGUUUGGAGAGCUGUUUAUUGUUCACAUUUCUAUAGAAACCCUCAAAAUAGUACUAUGGUGAAAUACCCACACACAUGGUCCCUGAGGGUUUUACCAUUAGAGUAUAUGUAUUUUUUUGUGUCUAUGUGCCAGACAGUGUUUUUUUCCCCCUUCGGUGUGUUGUGGUUGAAGGCCUGAUUUUGUAUUGUCUCUCUUGCAAAAUCGAUUUUUUAUCCCAGAGACUUAACUGUAGAAAUAAAGGUUAUAUUGAAUGUGAAAUAGAAA